ACUGCAUCAUCGCUGAUAUUCAAAGGGCUUUUCGGUGGUAUCAUGAUGAUGAUAUGGCUGGAGAGAAAAGUUUUCUUACAGGAUCAUCACCUUCAAAUCAAAGAAUCGAACGAUGGUGGUUGUCCAACAAACAAGGUGGUGGACAAUUCUGGAUUGAAUUUUUCAGCAAUUUGGAGCACAUGGGAAAGUUUUCUACCUCGGACCAUGUUCAGCUGGAAUGUCUACGAUUUUGCUUCACAAAACGUGUGCAGGAUGAUCUUAAUAGGUGUGCUCAGGAGUGGAAUCAACACAGAAUUCGACACACAAAGUCUGCUGAAUUGCCUGGUGGAAAACCAGACUUGAUGUAUUAUCUUCCAGAGUUAUACGGCAAGUACACAUGAUUUCAAAAUGGAGAUAGAUAUGGCUGAUGUGGAUGCAGCUGAAGAAUUUUGCAUUUAUCAAAGUGCUUUUGGGUGUUUGCCAGAAUUUGAAGAGGAAUGUAAAAACAUUAUGUUUGAAAAUUCGC